GGGGGGGGUGGGAUAUUGUUGAUGCCAGUUGGGGGAACAGAAGGUGAGCAUAGAGAUAUUCUUUUAUUAAGUCAAAGUACUUGACAACAUUAGACAAUCUUGAGCAGUAUUUGCUAUCAUUUCUUCUCUUUAUUUCUUUUUCUUGGAUGCCAAAGUAUGAUAAUUGGAAUUUCAUUACCUCUUUUUUCCUUCCUUUAAGUUCUCUUCUACCAAAUGCCCUCUGCCAAAUCCAUCAUCUCCAUUACUUACUAUUUGUUUUGUCAUAGCUACUUUAGUUAUUUUGCUCUAGGAACAUUAGCCAUUCCUUUCAUACAUAUAUACAACAUACUUAUGACUACUUAUGCACUCACAAAAGCGUGCAUGCUUCCUUACAUGCAUAUAUUGUACAUUUAAUAUCUUGUUUUACAAACACAUGCAAAUAUUUCAUCUAGUUUCAAUUUUUGCACAGAAAGGUCCUAAUGUUAGGUCUUGUUGAAACUUGCUCCACUGGAUGUUGGAUAAACUAAACCUUGUACCCAUGCUUAUUACUAGGUUUGUAGGGUGGUGUUGUUCUGCAGCAUUCAUAGAUUGGUCUAAUAAUUUGUUAACAGAAUGAUGAGAAAAUAAGAUUAUAUCUCAUUCGUAUUUCCUUUGAAAAUUUUCUUGCAGUUUCUAUUAGGGGGUUGAGUUAUCAACUCAUCAGUUACCAUGUACCAAAAAUCUUUUCCUAAAUAUUCUUGUAUUUUCUUGCUAUGUAGGCCUUUAAAGUCUCUAGUAGUUCACCAAGUCAUUGAAAUGAAUUCACCUUCUUAUCUUCCAACUUCCUAUCAUACAGUUAUAUAUUUGUUCUGUAUUUUGGAAUGAAGAUUUUUUUUAUGUCCUAUAUUUUGUAUGAUUUUCAGAGUCUAAAAGGUUUAUGUACUCAGGAGAGAAAUAUUUGCUCUUACUGUCAGCAGCUUAUCUGAUUAUAAAGAUAAAAAGGAUUGGAAGGGCAUUCUACACAUUUCAAGCAAGCCGAUUGUUGAUUGGAGGGAACAAUUGGCCAUGCAACACAUGAAAUCUAUUUUUACAAAAGAGGUAAUUGAUAUCAUUUCUGCUACCAGACAUGACUUAGGACCAUGGAGUCUUGAUUCGGCCAGAAAAAACUAUGUGUCAUCUUCAUGGAGAAUUGGUGGGCAGGAUGAAGCUUCUCAGAAUCUGACCAUUUCAGAUCCGAUUCAGGCAGCUUCAGAUGUUGCACAAAAUGCUUCCCGUGUCGAACCAGAAAAUGUUGCUGCGGCUGGUGAUUUGCUAACAAUCGAUAAAGGGGUUAAAGAUGAUUCUGAUGGACAUCAACUUCUUGAUAAUCCAGUAAUAGUUGCUCGACGGCGAUUGAGAGAGAGAAGACGAGAAAGGAGAGCAUUUGAGUUGGUUAAACAGGAUGAUGAAGAAUUGGUGAAACUUGAAAAUGCUGCCAUUCAGCGCUCAAAGGGUGUAAACUCUGCAGUACUUGGAAAAUAUAGCAUAUGGAGGAAAGAUAAUGAGAAUGAGAAUUCUGAUUCGACCGUAAGGUUGAUGCGAGACCAAAUGAUCAUGGCUAGGGUUUAUUCAGUCAUUGCUAAGUCGAAAAAUAAGACAGAUCUUUAUCGGGAACUACAGAAUCGGCUAAAGGAAAGUCAAAGUGCUCUUGGAGAAGCCAAUGCUGAUUCUGACCUCCAUCACAGCGCAUCCAAGAGAAUAAAAGAAAUGGGUCAAGUCUUGUCAAAAGCAAGAGAACAGUUGUAUGACUGUAAGGUAGUGACUCAGAAGCUCAGAGCAAUGCUUCAAUUAGCAGAUACACAGGUUAGGAGCUUAAAGAAACAGAGCACUUUCCUAAGCCAGUUGGCGGCAAAAACAAUUCCCAAUGGGAUCCACUGCUUAUCUAUGCACUUAAGCAUAGCUUACUAUCUCCUCCCUCCAGAGAAAAGAAAGUUUCAAAGGAGUGAGAAAUUGGAUGAUCCAAAUCUUUACCAUUAUGCACUCUUUUCUGACAACAUUUUAGCUGCAUCAGUCGUUGUGAACUCAACCAUCAUGAAUGCCAAGGAGACAGAGAAACAUGUCUUCCAUCUGGUUACUGAUAAACUGAACUUUGGAGCCAUGAACAUGUGGUUUCUAUUGAAUCCACCUGGAAAAGCAACCAUUCAUGUUGAAAAUGUGGAUGAAUUCAAAUGGCUGAACUCAUCAUAUUGUCCAGUUUUGCGGCAGCUUGAGUCUGCUGCGAUGAAAGAAUACUAUUUCAAAGCUGGUGGUCAUACAACUCUCUCUACAGGUUCUUCAAAUUUAAAGUACCGGAACCCAAAAUAUCUUUCAAUGCUAAAUCAUCUGAGGUUCUAUCUCCCACAGGUUUAUCCUAAAUUGAAUAAAAUCUUGUUUCUGGAUGAUGACAUUGUUGUUCAGAAGGAUUUGACAGCUUUGUGGUCUAUAGAUCUAAAGGGAAAAGUAAAUGGUGCCGUAGAGACUUGUGGCCAGAGUUUUCAUCGGUUUGACAAAUACCUCAACUUCUCAAACCCUCACAUUUCCAGGAACUUUGAUCCAAAUGCUUGUGGCUGGGCCUAUGGAAUGAAUAUGUUUAAUCUUAAUGCUUGGAAGAAGAAAGAUAUUACUGGGAUUUAUCACAAGUGGCAGUCAUUGAAUGAGAACAGGGCUCUAUGGAAACUUGGUACACUUCCUCCUGGACUUCUGACGUUCUACAAUUUGACACAUCCACUGGACAAGUCAUGGCAUGUUCUUGGGCUGGGGUAUAAUCCAAGCAUUGAUCGCUCGGAGAUUGAGAAUGCUGCUGUCAUCCAUUAUAAUGGGAAUAUGAAGCCUUGGUUGGAGGCUGCAAUGACCAAGUACAGGCGUUACUGGACCAAAUACAUCAAAUACUACCAUCCAUAUGCCAAGAUAUGCAACCUUAGUCAAUAGUUAGACGUGGCAUAAUUGUGCUUGGAGGAUGCGCUUCUGCCCUGAAACAGGGAGGGUGCUUGUGUUGUAAAGCUGGGGAAUACUAGAUUCUUUGCAUGCCAUUAUUACACUCGUACUGUUUAAUCUCAUUUUCUUUUUGCUGCACAUUUUGUUUCUCUAUUCCACGAUGUUCUUCAAGGCUAUUGAAUGCUGUCGAUUGUUA